AUGUCUUCAAGUUCUGUGAACUCACUGACAUUGUGUGAUGAGCCCGGAGGCAAAGAUUUAGCUGUGGCGGAAGAAGAUGAUGACGAAGUUGAAAUAAUGUUUCUAGAUUCUGAAAAGGAUGACAUUGAAAAUGCUGUCGUUUCAGAGGACGAAACGAAUAACGAUAAUCAGGUUCUUCAACCAUCCAGUAACAUUCCUGUCUCGGACCUAAUUCAAAACACAGAAAAUGAAGUAGACCAAGAAGUGACUAUUCCACAUUUGGUUUCAGAAGCGGUCGAGAAAGCCUUGACUGAAUUCGAAAAUGAAUCAGUUUGCGUGAGUUCUGACACACCUAGGUCUUCAGAGAGUGAUCAACCAUCUCCCAAAAGAUUAUUUAGGAUUCAUCAGAACACUUUCCGACAGGUGGAAAAGAAAAUCAGCAAAUCUUCAUGUGGAUCAAAGAAUUCUAAAAGCAGCCACGGCAACAUCCCAUCGUAUCCGUCAUCAAAUAAAAUAUUUUCUGUGUCGUCCUUCUGUAAAUCUGCGGCUGAUUUUCUUCAACCCGACGAUACUACGACAGAAAACAAGCCCAGUGAGAGUUCCAAAGAACAAAGAAAACGAGCAGCCAUAAGAACAAACGAAGACAUUGAUUUCCACGACGACGACAUAAAGCUUCCUGGCUAUGAAAAAUUUGCUCGAAGUAAAAGCUUACCGGAAAACAAGACGCAAGAUUCGCGAGGAAUACGUAAAAAUCGACCUAAAAGCGGAUCCGUCGAUUUUAUCAAAAGAAAUAAGUCAACACUAUCGACAAAACGAAGUCGAGCUCAAUCAAAAACCAUCAAUAAAAGACCGGUUACGGCUACUGCUGGGAAGAGAGGACGCGUGCUGAAUAAAGAGGAUUCUGCAACAACUGAACACCGUGUUUCGUUCUCAUCUUCGCUUAAAAACAAAUCAACGACAUUGAACAGAAACAAAAGUCUCACUUCAGGAGAAUGGUUGGUAUUAAAUGAAAGUCAACUCGCCUCCUUCAGGAAACUAUUUUCCCGUUUUGAUCAGUCACAGAGUGGAGGAAUAUGCCCAGAAGAAUUAUUUUCAGCCAUCAGGGAGUUUAUGCCAGAGGAAACUAUCCCAUUCGAAGACGUCAAAAAAGUACAUGCAGAAUUGGAUAUAAAACAAACGGGAGAAAUUGAAUUUGACGAAUUCUUAUUUGCAAUGACAAAUCCGAAAAAUUAUUUGAAGUUAAUUCAUGAUGACGAUCGCAAAAAACUGACCAAAGAAAUUAAACUAUGGGAAGAAUUUCAGAGCAAUAGGAACGGACGGAAAAUUGGUGUUACAAAUAAAACUAAUCAACCUCAGGCUAACAGAGAAAAUGCAGGGGAUGAUAACAACAUAUUUUUCACCAUGUUGAGAACUGCAACGAAAAAGGAUUCCAUGCGUGAAAUACGUCGCUUUUACGUCAAUAAAAUUAAAAAGUUGAAUGACCACGUGAUACACGACUGGUCGGCAGGUCAACGUUGCGUUGGUUUGUCGGAUCAAGAUGUAUUAAGAAGAUACGAUCACAUUAAGAAGGAAUUGAAUAACAAAAAAUCUCCUUUUGCAAAGGAAAAACUUUAUCAAGAUUCUCCAUAUGCAAAACCGUUGUACUGGGGUUUGCAGGAAUUGAAGUCGGCUGAAACAAGGAGAAAAACAUUGCGCGAAGAAAAAUUAAAACAGGCGAUGAAGCAAGCCAGUAAUUCCCUCGAAACUUCAAAUGAAGAUGGAGACCCCCAUCACCACGACGUGACCAAAACAGAUCAACAAAAGGUAAAACACAUCGACAUUCAGCUCUCGGAUGAAUUUGCAAAACCCAAGGCGGAUUCCUCAUUCAAAAAGAAAGAUAUUUUUAUCAAGCGGAAGUCCCACAGCGGCCGAGGACUACCGAAGCAACAUGUAAGACAAGACGUAGUCCGAGCUUAUACAGCGCCACCUACUGACAUAAAGUCAACGUCGUCCGCAGGGAAAAGAGAUGGCAAGAAAAGAUUGGCUGGAGUCCGUAGUGCACCUACCCGACGGAUAAAAAUUUCGGAGUUCGUAGUCACGCCAAAAGUCGUUCCCCUUCCGAUUUACCCAUUGAAAGAUAAUCCGUGGCCGAUGGAUUAUGAUAAUGUCGAAGAAAUAAGAAAGCGGUCAGCAGACAUACUGCAGGAAUACUAUAACAAAUUGAAGAAGGUGUCUGCAACUAAUUCUAAAGUUAUUUACAAGAAACUACAGGUCGAUCAAAUCAGUCCGAUGUUGCAACGCCAUUUCAAAAGGUGUUAUCUUGCUUAUUCUGGAGAAUAUGAACCGUUUGUUGUGUCACCCUGGAUUCCGUAUCCUGUCCCCUCACCUUGGAUGCAAUCUGCCCCUCUUGGGCACAGCUGUCGCGCAAAAUCAGCUUGGACAUGAUGGCUUCAUUUGUUACGCUUCUUGUUUGUUAUAAACCAUAUAUAUAUGAAGAAUCGUGUUGUACACGU